CUGCUGGCCCCCUUUUCUGAACAGCCAGCGCUGACCGACGCCCUGUUCGACAUACGUUGCUUCACAAACUAACGUUCUUACGUAAGAGGCUCGAGGUUAAUCUCCAAGGUGCACAAUGAAAAGAUGGCGCAGCCACUGCUUGCACCACCAGGACCAGACAGCCUCCGCCUUUUUACCCGAGAAUCUCUUGCAACUAUUGAGAGAUGCAUUGCAGAGGAAAAAGCCAAGAAACCCAAGGACCAUCAUGUGGAUGACGACGAAAAUGGCCCAAAACCAAAUCGUGAUUUGGAAGCCGGUAAAUCACUACCAUAUAUUUAUGGUGAUAUACCUCCAGGGAUGGUUUCUGAGCCAUUGGAAGACCUGGACCCAUUUUACAGCACACAAAAAACCUUUAUAGUAUUGAACAAAGGGAAGGCAAUCUUCCGAUUUAGUGCCACACCUGCCUUGUACAUUUUAAGUCCUUUCAAUCCAUUAAGGAAAUUAGCUAUUAAGAUUUUGGUACAUUCAUUGUUCAGCAUGCUUAUCAUGUGCACUAUUAUGACGAAUUGUGUGUUUAUGACCCUGUAUAAUCCUCCAGACUGGACGAAGAAUGUAGAGUACACCUUCACUGGUAUUUACACAUUUGAAUCGCUUAUAAAAAUUCUUGCAAGGGGCUUCUGUAUAGAUAAUUUCACUUUUCUCCGAGAUCCGUGGAACUGGUUGGAUUUCAGUGUCAUCCUUAUGGCAUAUGUGACAGAGUUUGUGGACCUGGGCAAUGUCUCAGCGUUGAGAACAUUCAGAGUUCUCCGAGCAUUGAAAACAAUUUCAGUCAUUCCAGGUCUCAAAACCAUCGUGGGUGCCCUGAUCCAGUCAGUGAAGAAGCUGUCCGAUGUAAUGAUUCUGACUGUUUUUUGUUUGAGCGUGUUUGCACUAAUAGGGCUGCAACUGUUCAUGGGAAACCUAAAACAUAAAUGCGUGCGAUGGCCACCACCUGCCAGCUAUUAUAUCCCAACUAACAGAUCUUUAAGCCAGAAUGGUAUGAUGACAAAUGAAACGGAAUUCAUAUUCAACUUCGAUGAAUACAUCGAAGAUGAACGAAAUCACUAUUUUUUGGAAGAAGCCAAAGAUGCACUUUUAUGUGGUAAUGGCUCAGAUGCUGGUCAAUGCCCUGCAGGUUACGUAUGUCUGAAAGCUGGAAGAAACCCUAAUUAUGGUUAUACUAGCUUUGACACAUUUAGUUGGGCAUUCCUGUCAUUGUUUCGGCUUAUGACCCAGGACUACUGGGAAAAUCUCUACCAGUUGACCCUGCGAGCUGCUGGCAAAACAUACAUGAUAUUUUUUGUGUUGGUUAUAUUCCUGGGAUCUUUUUACUUGGUCAACUUGAUACUGGCUGUUGUUGCCAUGGCCUAUGAUGAGCAAAACCAGGCUACUUUAGAGGAAGCUGAACAGAAAGAGGCAGAAUUUCAGCAGAUGCUUGAACAACUUAAAAGACAUCAAGAAGAAGCACAGGCUGCAGCUGCUGCUGCAGCUGAGGCAGGAGAUGAAAAUGGAAGAAUUGGACUAUGUGAAAUGUCCCACAGUUCCUCAGAUGCGUCAAAGCUUAGUUCAAAGAGUGCCAAGGAGAGACGAAACAGAAGGAAGAAACGAAGACAAACUGAGCUAGAUGCCGAGGAAAAGGAUAAAGGUGAAAGGAUUCACAAGUCAGAAUCAGAGGACAACGGAAGAAAGGGAAAUGGUUUCCGGUUUUCUCUUGAUCGCAACUGUCUUUCUUACGAAAAGAAAAAUUCUUCCCCACAUCAGUCACUGCUAAGUAUUCGUGGCUCCAUCUUUUCUCCAAGACGCAACAGCAGAAGCAGCAUCUUCAGUUUUAAAGGACGGACUAAAGAUGUCGGGUCAGAAAAUGAUUUUGCUGAUGAUGAGCACAGCACUUUUGAAGACAAUGAAAGCAGAAGGGGCUCACUCUUUAUUCCACGGAGGCAGGGUGAGAGACGCAGCAGUAACAUUAGUCAGACCAGUAGGUCAUCCAGGAUGCUACCAGUGCUUCCAGUGAAUGGGAAGAUGCACAGCACAGUGGACUGCAAUGGAGUAGUUUCACUUGCCGGUGGACCUUCAACUCCAACAUCACCCAUUGGACGACUUCUGCCAGAGGUGAUAAUAGAUAAGCCAGCUACUGAUGACAAUGGCACAAAUAUAGAAACAGAUCUUAAGAAGAGACGAUCAGGAUCUCAUCAAUUUUCUAUGGAUUUUCUAGAAGAUCCUAUGCAAAGGCAGAGAGCAUUGAGUGUGGCCAGUAUUCUCACAAAUACUAUGGAAGAACUUGAAGAAUCACGACAGAAGUGUCCUCCAUGCUGGUAUAAAUUUGCAAAUACCUUCUUGAUCUGGGAUUGCCAUCCACACUGGCUAAAAAUAAAGGAAAUUGUUCAUUUAAUUGUGAUGGACCCCUUUGUGGAUCUUGCUAUUACUAUCUGCAUUGUGCUGAACACUGCUUUUAUGGCAAUGGAACAUUACCCAAUGACAAAGAGCUUUGAAGGUGUACUCACAUAUGGGAAUUUGGUAUUUACUGGUAUCUUUACCGGUGAAAUGAUUUUCAAAAUCAUAGCCCUGGAUCCUUAUUAUUACUUCCAAGAAGGGUGGAAUAUUUUUGAUGGCAUCAUUGUGAGUCUCAGUCUAAUGGAACUUGGUCUCGCUAAUGUGGAAGGACUAUCUGUGCUGCGAUCUUUCCGAUUGCUCAGAGUUUUUAAAUUGGCAAAGUCAUGGCCGACCUUGAACAUGCUGAUUAAAAUUAUUGGCAACUCAGUAGGUGCUUUGGGCAACUUGACUUUGGUGUUGGCUAUCAUUGUCUUCAUCUUUGCUGUGGUGGGCAUGCAACUCUUCGGUAAAAGCUACAAGGAGUGUGUUUGUAAAAUUGAGAAGACCUGUAAACUGCCUCGCUGGCACAUGAACGACUUCUUUCAUUCCUUUCUAAUUGUGUUCCGUGUGUUGUGUGGAGAAUGGAUUGAGACAAUGUGGGACUGCAUGGAAGUAGCUGGACAAUCAAUGUGCCUCAUCGUCUUCAUGAUGGUCAUGGUAAUUGGUAAUCUUGUGGUGUUGAAUUUAUUUUUGGCUUUGCUGCUGAGCUCAUUCAGUGCUGACAACCUUGCUGCUACAGAUGAUGACAGUGAAAUGAAUAACCUGCAGAUUGCUAUGGGGAGGAUACAGAGAGGCAUUGAUUAUGUUAAAAGGAAUGUGCGAGAAUUAAUUCACAGAGCCUUUAUCAGGAGGAAAGUCACAGAAGACAUCAAACCUCUUGAUGAUUUGCAUAGCAAGAAAGACAUAUAUAUCUCUGAUCAUGCAACUGUUGAAAUCACUAAAGAUGCUGACUAUCAUAAGGAUGGAAAUUGCACCACCAGUGGAAUCGGCAGCAGUAUGGGCAAAUACAAUGCUGAUGAAAGUGACUAUAUGUCCUUUAUUCACAAUCCAAGCCUCACUGUUACUGUUCCAAUAGCUUUGGGAGAGUCAGACUUUGAAAACCUUAAUACAGAAGACUUCACUAGUGAAUCAGACCUAGAAGGUAGCAAAGAGAAACUGGCUGAAAGCAGUUCAUCAGAAGGGAGCACUGUUGACAGGGAUCCACCUGGAGAGGGAGAGCAGCCAGAAGAAGUACCAGAAGAAUCCAUGGAACCUGAAGCAUGCUUUACUGAAGGAUGUAUACAAAAAUUCCCAUACUGCUAUGUCAACAUAGAAGAAGGCAGGGGCAAAUUGUGGUGGAAUCUCCGGAAGACCUGCUACAGAAUAGUUGAACACAAUUGGUUUGAGACAUUCAUUAUUUUCAUGAUUCUGCUCAGCAGCGGUGCCCUGGCAUUUGAAGAUAUUUACAUUGAACAAAAGCAUAACAUCAAGUCAAUGCUGGAAUAUGCUGAUAAAAUCUUCACCUACAUCUUUAUUCUGGAAAUGUUGCUGAAGUGGGUGGCCUAUGGUUUUGUGAAGUAUUUCACGAAUGCUUGGUGUUGGCUGGACUUCCUCAUUGUUGACGUGUCUUUGGUGAGCCUUGUAGCUAAUGCCCUGGGCUACUCAGAACUAGGUGCUAUUAAGUCCCUUCGGACACUAAGAGCUUUAAGACCUCUUAGGGCCUUGUCACGUUUUGAAGGCAUGAGGUAAUCAAUUCUGUGACAUCAUCGAUCCACCACAAGGUGGUCGUCAAUGCACUUCUUGGAGCAAUUCCUUCCAUUAUGAAUGUGCUGCUUGUCUGCC